UAUGCCUGUAGGGUUUUAAAAUAAAUAUUGUAAUAAUAAUGGCGUCUACCAUUUUGUGUUUAGCAUUUGCUAAAGUUAAUGUAACAAUUUUGUGCCUCUCCCUUAGAAAUCUCAUUGAAUCCUUGGCAUUACUUGCAGAUUUUUGUUCCUAGAAUUUGUUAGGUUUCUGUUUUUACUUUCCUAUCUACACUGUACAGAUAAACAGAAGGAAUUUACACUGGUUCCUAGGUAGAUUUCAUAAAUAUUGUUUUUCUUCAAAGGUGAUGUGCCUUAUUGGUUAAAUUAACUUUAUAUUUUUAAAAAAAGUUUUACAUUUUAGGCUUAUGUUUUUAAGCAUUUACAAGAAACAUGGCCAUCGUCACAACAAACAUGUGCAAUCUGAGAAUUGCAAUAGAAAUUCUUGCAUCACACUCAAGUUGAUACAGUUCCAUGACAACUGUAAGCAUAUAUUAUGACAUUGUUAAAAAUGCCUGGACUUCUUCAAUUUCCCCAGUUUUAAGAUUAUUUUGUUUCAUUCUUUGUAUAUGUGAAUGCUUUGUCAAUUUUCUGCUUGCUUUUUUUUUGUUCUUCUUUUUCUUUGUCUUAUUCUUUUCUUGUGUGUUGCUUGCUGUUGCAUUUUGUUUCAUCAUUUUUUACUCUUUCCAUUCUUUCUUCAUUGUUUUGCCUCUCUGGUGGAGUAGAAGAACAUUAAAAAUGUGGAACUGAAAGCUGAUGGUAAGGUCAAGACAAAAGAGAGUAGCAGAUCUCUUUCAUCGUUGCCUCUUCAGAGCAAGUCAAUUAGUUCCAACAGCAAGAAAUCUGAAAUUACUGGCGCAGAGGCACAUACACACACCAUGAAAAGGGGUAUUCAGGAAAAAUUUAGAAAAGCCUCAGAAGCUGGCAAAUCAAAGUAUUUUGCCAGUCAAGAGCAAUUCAGUUCAUUGGAAAAAGAUAGUACAGAGAUGGAAACUAGUGUCAGCCAUUCUAAAACCCAAAGUAGAACUAAGAAGCAAAAAUCAAAGACUAGUACAGCAGAUAGAACAAAGAGUAAGGCUGAUGCCACAUCAUUUGUACCUGGUGAAUCAGAUAGCAUAGCAAAAUCCAAAAACAAUAAGCAUUAUGAUAAGACCCCCAGAAUCAUCCGUGUCCAAAGCCAUGAGAGUAUUAGUGGACAGCAAAUGAUCAGUGGUAGAAAUGGGUACAAAUUCACUAGUAAAGCUGGAAAUAUGUCAUCCUCUUCUUCCAGCUCAGACAAUUUGACAGAUCAGACAUUUAGACAGGGUGUUUCUUUAAUAAAGGAUAUUUCAAGCCAACUUGGUAAGAAUGAAGCACAACUAAAUGGUAAAAAGUCUAGGGGUGACAGAGUAGAGUGUUUUAAGAAAGACGAACAUAGUGGUGGUAGUACUGAGAAUUCAAAUGAACAUGGAAUACCUACAUAUAAUCGCAAGAAAAAAGAAGGUAAAAUACUUAUUGUUAAACAAAAGGAAAGUCUAGAAGAUUCAGUCUUGCAAAAUGGCAAUAUGGCAGAAUCAAGCAAGAAGGAAGAAGACGGUGAAAGUAAAGAAAGCUGUCUGACUGAAAAUGAUGAUGUGGAAGGAGAAGAGGAACCAGAAGAUGGGGAAAAAGAAACUAUGAACAAAGGGGAAAAAAAAGUAGAAGCCACGGAUGAAGUAGAGGAGGAAGAAGAUGAAAAAGCAGAAGUGGAACAAGAUGAAGACACAGAGGAGGGGGAAGAUGAUAAAGAAGAAGCAGAGGAGGGGGAAAAUUCAGAAGUGGAAAAGGAGGAAGAAAAAGAUGAUGAAGCAGCAGAAGAGGAGGAGGAAGCAGAAGGAGAAAAUGAGGAGGCGGAGAAUGCAGAAGAAGCGGAAGAAGGAGAAAAUGAGGAGGAGGAGGAUGAGGAAGGAGAAAAUGAGGAGGAGGAUGAGAGGGAAAAUGAGGAGGCGGAAGAAGGAGAAAAUGAGGAUGAGGAGGAGGCUGAAGAAGGAGAAGAUGAGGAGGAGGCGGAAGAAGGAGAAGAUGAGGAGGAAGCGGAAGAAGGAAAAGAUGAGGAGGAAGCGGAAGGAGAAGAUGAGGAGGAAGGAGAAGAUGAGGAGGAAGCGGAAGAAGGAGAAGAUGAGGAGGAAGCGGAAGAAGGAGAAGAUGAGGAGGAAGCAGAAGAAGGAGAAGAUGAGGAGGAAGCAGAAGAAGGAGAAGAUGAGGAGGAAGCGGAUGAAGGAGAAGAUGAGGAGGAAGAAGCAGAAGAGGAGGAAGAAGCAGAAGAGGAGGAAGAAGAUGAGGAGGAGGAGGAGGAAGAAGAAGAUGACGAGGAAGAAGAGGAGGAAGAAGAUGAGGAGGAGGAGGAAGAGGAGGAGGAAGAGGGUGAAGAAGAUGACGAGGAGGAGGAGGAAGAAGAUGAAGAAGACGAGGAGGACGAGGAGGAAGAAGACGAGGAGGAAGAAAAUGGCGAAGAGGAGGAGGAGGACAAUGUAAAGAAAGACAAAGACAAAAAAACAGAAAAGGGAAAAAUGGAGAUGGAAAAGAAGGCCAAUGAGAAAAAGAUUCAAUCCAGUAAAACUACAAAACAACCCGAUAAGCAAAAAAAGAAUGUUAAAAAUAUUAAGAAACAUGAGCUUGAGGAAUAUGAAUCUACAAAAUCUGAAAAGACCGCAAAAUUGAAGAAUCUGGACCCCUCAACCCAGUUUUGGGACAAUAUUUUACCACAAUAUUUGACAUUAAAAUAAUGUUGACAGUUGUUUUAAUAUGUGGUAAGCUUCAUUUUAAAUUGCUUAAAAUUAGUAAAUAUAAACCUACUGGCUAUAGUUGUAUGAUAGGGUAGACAUAAGUUUGAACUCCUGUACAGCAUUGAUUUUUGAUACAGUUUGAAUAGCAUUAUUAUAUAUUUAUAAUAUAUAUAUGAUUUUGAUAUCCUCUUAAUAUAUUGUAAUGUUAAAAUCCACAAUUUCCUGACCUGUUUGUUUCAGGCGGAUACUGUUGGAUGUAAUAUUUUUCUAUUACUUGCCCAGCCGAGCACAGAAAUCUACAUGUUUGGGUUUUACAGCCCCAUCCAGCUUCAUCAAUAUGUUUUUCUUUAGGGCCAACAAGUGAUCGUACUCGUACUGUACUGGUUUUUAAGCAGAAUAACUAGAGAAUGGAGUAGGGCGAAAUGGAUUGUUUACCAUAAAGCAAAACCUUGAAUGCAAUCUGUGGUGGAGGCCAGCCAGGAAACCCAAAUGGAGAUGUUGAAGUGUUAAUUAUUCUAAGGUGAUAUCUUCACCAAACUGACUUGGUUUAGAUGGACAAUCUACUUUGUGUGAAGUAUAUGACACAUAGGAGAAAAUGUAUAUUAUAUACCUCAGUGCUAGACCUAGAAGUCUGCUAUAAGCAGGUGACAGGCAGGACAGUAGUUCAAGAAGAGCACAAAAAAUACCAGGCGAUAGUAAAAGUGACCUGUUUCUACCAAUGUUCUUUUGUAGUACGCGUUCUCUACUUUUUACUGGUAAUCUUUCUGAUUAAAUUUUUUUUUAAUUUUGUAUUCUUUUUACUCCACCCCUCAUGCACAUAGAACUUAACUCGGCUUAUACAGGCAUUCAAUGUUUGUUUUUUAAUAUGCCUGUAAAAGCACCUCUAUGUUAGCCCAUGUAGACAUACGUGUUUACAUGCGUAUUUAAAGAGGAAAACACACAGGCAAAAAAAAAAGUACAUCAAAGGCGCAAAAAACAUGUGUGUAUAUGCACAAAAUUAUAUUGCAAUGCCCAGAAUAAAUUAAUAUUGUGGUCAGUAGAAUGCAUGUAUGCUCAAAUGCCAUAUGUACAUUAACAUGCAUACAUAUUGUAACAUUGGAGUAUUUAUUUCUGUAAAAUUCAGGUAGAAAAAAAAAUGCUACUUAUUUUUGUAAGCUCA